CACGUUCAUCUCCGUGGCCCGUUCUUUGGUCCCACAUCAUCACAUGCUCCCUCCCAUUCCAGGAAGGGAAGCGCGGCCGUAAGCAAGGGGACAGCCCAACCCCACCACGCGUUCUCACCCCGCACCCCGCACCCACUACCUAUUGUACUGCUAUAAGUCCAUAGCACCGGUACAUGUCUAUCGUCGAAUCCUACAGCUAACCUUCUCGUUGCACCGUCUUAUCGGGGGUCUUCCACCCAUCAAUAUCGCCUCACCUAUCACAGCUCUCCCCCCGCAGCAAUGCCAACCUCCCUCGCCACCCUCCCACUGGAGCUCUGGGGCGAAAUCUUCACAUCUUUUGACCAUCUCGAAAGCGCAACACGGCUCGCCAGUACCUGCCACCUGGCGAACAGCGUGUGGCUCCUCCAUCGUCGUACGCUGUGCACCAAGCUCGUCUUCCUUCAUCCCCUGAUCGAGACGCCUGCAAAGUCUCGGUGCCCAAUUGUGGAAUUGUCCCUAUGGGAUGAGGCUUCCGAGCUGGAGAGGGUUCAGAGAGACAGCAAGGACAACGAAGACUACUCCACCACCUGCCGUCGAAUCCUGACAAGCGCACGCGCGGUCCGCCGGGCAGCAAUCGGCAUCAAACACCAGCUGACCGAAUAUUUCGAUACCACACUGCCGUUCGGACACCUACAUCGAGGUGGAAAGAUGUGGGGCGACUACAGCGUCUACGCCAUCUCACGGAUCCUGUACAAGCUCCUCAUCAGGCUCGAACGGCGCGAGGAAAUCUCCAUUCGGAACGAACAUUGCUUGGGGAUCACCUGUGCCUUUGCCUCGUAUCACCAGAAACCAUUCUGGCAGUUUCCGGAUGUCUCGAGGCUACUCGUCGAUGUGAAUCCGAGGAGGCUGGACCUGAUUUCUGUCGAGGAGUGGGUGCCGGUGGUGUGGGCGAUCGAGGAGGAAUUCGAGAGACUGGACGAACUGUAUUAUGUUGACGAGUGAAGUGUACUUAGACAGGAGGGUGCUUCAAUGCGCACGACACUCAUCCGCCCGCUUUUCGGGCCCAGGGUUUUUCUGUGUGGGGCUAGGGUCGAGAUGAAGCAGAACAACUGGGCGAUCGAUGCCGUUGUAUGAAACGUGAUGGCGACUGGGAGCAG